AUGGCAGGUCGUAACAAGCAUGUUGUCUCUAAAACCUCUUCUUCUCUUGCCAUAGUGGAGGCAAAUCCUCCCGCGAACAAAAAAGUUGUGGCCAUUGAUGCACCGAUUGUAUCUUCCUACAAUGACCGAAUCAGGCCGUUGCUCGACACUGUUGACAGGCUGAGGAAUCUGAACGUGAUGAGAGAAGGAAUCCAGCUUCCCACCAUUGUUGUGGUCGGAGACCAAUCAUCUGGAAAGUCGAGUGUUCUUGAGUCCUUGGCAGGGAUCAGUUUGCCUCGUGGGCAAGGAAUCUGCACUAGGGUUCCUCUUGUGAUGAGACUCCAAAGAAGUUAUAGCACUGAACCUGAGAUCUGGCUAGAGUACGGUGACACAGUUGUUCAUACGGAUGAGGAACACAUCGCUAAAGCUAUUUGUGCCGCAACAGAUGUGAUCGCUGGAUCUGGUAAAGGAGUUUCAGACGAUCCCCUGACGCUCCAUGUGAAGAAGGCUGGCGUUCCAGAUAUUACCAUGGUUGAUCUCCCUGGGAUAACUAGGGUUCCAGUGAAUGGUCAGCCAGAGAAUAUCUAUGAGCAGAUAUCUGCUAUGAUCAUGAAGUACAUAGAGCCUCAAGAAUCCAUCAUCCUCAAUGUUCUGUCAGCAACCGUUGACUUCACCACCUGUGAGUCCAUUCGCAUGUCAAGACAAGUUGACAAAACGGGUGAACGGACUCUGGCUGUUGUCACAAAGGCUGACAUGGCUCCCGAAGGUCUCUUGCAGAAGGUGACUGCAGAUGAUGUGAGAGUCGGACUUGGUUAUGUCUGUGUCAGAAACAGAAUUGGAGAAGAGACGUACGAAGAAGCGAGGAUGCAAGAAGAACUGCUUUUCAAGACUCAUCCGAUGCUAAGACUGAUUGAUGAUGACAUCGUGGGGAUUCCUGUCCUGGCUCAGAAGCUAAUGCUUAUCCAGGCAACGAUGAUCGCCCGUUGCUUACCUGAGAUCGUCCGCAAGAUCAAUGAGAAAAUGGAGAUCAGUGUCCUCGAACUAAACAAGCUGCCAAUGGUAAUGGCUUCCGCUGGAGAAGCCUUGAUGACUCUAAUGGACAUCAUCGGCUCAGCAAAAGAGUCUCUCCUAAGAAUCCUCAUCCAAGGAGACUUCUCAGAGUACCCUGAAGAUCAUAAGAUGCACUGCACUGCUCGCUUGGCUGAAAUGCUAAGCCAAUUCUCGGAUAACUUGCAAGCCAAGGUAGAGGACAAGACCGAGUUCUUGAUGGAUGAAAUCAAGAUCCUCGACGAAUGCAAAUGCGUUGGUCUUCCCAACUUCAUCCCGAGAUCAGCUUUCUUGGCUAUAUUCUCACAGUACGUAGAUGGAAUCCACUCCAAGCCGGUGGAGUUUAUUAAGAAGAUAUGGGAUUACAUCGAAGCUGUCCUCAUACCGGUGAUCUCCAAAUACGCUGAGAACUUCCCGCAGAUUCAGUCUUCUCUCAAACGAGCCGGUCGCAAUCUGAUCACCAAGAUGAAGGAGCAGUCAGUCAACAGAGUGGCCGAGAUCGUUGAGAUGGAGAAGCUCACUGACUACACGUGUAACCCUGAUUACAUGACGUCAUGGACCGAGAAGACUGCUUCGCAGCAAGGCUUCAUCCACGCUGUGUUGUACGACGAGAAAAAACCUGAGAGCUUCUCUCUCGCUGGGUUUGGAGAGGUGAAGAUCUCGCACCUGAGGAAGUGCCACGCUCAUUUGCUGCAGCAGGCGUUCGAUAUGAAGAUGAGAAUCGCGUCGUACUGGAACAUCGUCCUGAGGAGGAUUGUUGAUAACCUUGCUCUGUUUCUUCAGUUCUCGGUGAAGAAUCUUGUGAAUGUUCAGUUUCAAAAGGAGAUUGUGGCGGAAAUGGUGGACCCAAGAGGCGGUGGAGGAGUUGAGAGGAUGAUGGAGGAGUCUCCCUCGGUGGCGAGUAAGAGGGAGAGGCUGAAGAAGAGUGUGAAGCUCUUGAAGGAGUCCAAGGACGUUGUUGCUGCCAUUGUUGAUCAGAGUUCUGGUUAUGGUGGUCGUUUAAAUUGA